AUGGCUAGGGACUACGACUAUUAUUCUUACUGGGACUACUUCUCCAUCCCUCUCCACCUUGGCUUCUUCAUUUCAAUCCUCGUCUUCAUCAUGGGCUUCACAUGGUACAUAAACUACGAGUCCAUGAUUGAGGACUUGAUGACUCAAGUCAAACUCUUCCUCAUGCUUGUUCCAAUCAUUCUGUUGCUUGUCGUCCACUGCUUAUCGGGUGGGUUAUCGUUUUUGGUGCCGCUGCCGGAGCAGGAUUCGCUUCACAGAGCCGGAGGGUCUCCGUGGGGUGUUGGACUCGUGCUUGUGUUCCUUUUGAUCAUGAUCUCUUACCAGUCUUCUUUGCAGGAACGUUGGUUUCCCUUACUAAGUAGAUGA